AUGGCGGAUUCCAACUUCCCGAGCGACCCCCCUCCAUACACCGACAAGGUGGACGAAAGCGCGGCACCUCCUCGUCCGAACCUCCCUAUCCGCAAAGGCCCGCAGCCCCUGGAGCUCCCCAUCCUCCAGCAUCUCAACUCCAAGCGUGUGAUCCUCGCCUCCGCUUCGCCCCGACGAAGAGCACUUCUGCAACAGUUCGGUCUCGCAAAACUCGAAAUUACGCCUUCCACCAAGCCCGAAGACCUCGACAAGACGGUGUACGGACCCGAUGAAUACGUUGCCGCCACCGCCCGCCAAAAAUGCGUGGAUGUGUACUCCACUGCCCUAGAGGCGAGCAUCAAGUCUGUCCCCGACCCCUCGCUAGUCAUUGCUGCCGACACAAUCGUUGUCACCCGUGACGGCCGGAUCCUGGAGAAACCGCGAAGCGAGGCUGAACACAUUCGCAUGUUGAAACACCUACGGGAUACGCGGAUGCACCGGGUCUUGACAGCCGUCACCGUGAUUGCACCCAGGGAUGAUGCCCGGCAUCCUGGGUACGAGUUGGUUAGCUAUACGGAAGAGACCAAGGUCUACUUCUUGGCCGAGUCUGAGGGACUCCCGGACGAUGUGAUUGAGGCGUAUGUUAAGACUCGUGAGGGAGCCGAUAAGGCCGGUGGAUAUGCCGUUCAAGGUGUUGGAGGCAUGCUGUUGGUGGAAAGAAUUGAUGGAUCCAUUGACAACGCGGUCGGGCUGCCGGUUCGAAGGUGUAUGGCUCUUGCGGAAAAGGCCAUCUUUAGACAGGAUGACGAAGACUUCGACGAGGACGACUAA